UAUAACUCCUCCGCUUAAAAAUGUAACAGACACAGUUGAUCAAACGUUUCUCAACUACCAUGUCGCUACUACGAUAUGAUGCUAUGUAGUUUAAUGUUUCAUUUCAUGAUAGGCUAGGCUAAGCUAAACGUGUAUACGAUUUAUGAGAAUUUUGCGGUAGAUACAUAGCAGAAAAUGUCACAGCUCCCCGUCCGACGCUCAGACGAUGUAGUUCGAGAAGCAAAGAGGAGGAAACUUCGUAAGGGUACACAUAGUUGCUGGGAAUGCAGGAGAAGGAAAACCCGUUGCAAAUAUGAGUCUUCUACGGCCACCGUUUGUGUGGGCUGUGAGGCGCGAGGGACGGCGUGUGUUAGCCAGGAAUUCACCGGUGAACCGCCACCUACUUCAGAAGGAGGCCUGUCGCAACGGCUGAGUAGAGUUGAGGCCCUACUCGAGGCGCUUGUCGAGAAGGUUACACCUCAUUCUUGUACUUGCGGCCAAACUGGCGAGAGGCCUCUUACAUCCUCCGCGUCGGCUGAAGAUGAGCUUGAUUCGUCUUCGGACAACAUACACCCCCAAGCUAACGAUGGCCCUCAUGCCAUCGGUCUCUUCGAGCCUUUGCCACAGGAAAGAAGCGCGUAUGUUUCAGAUUCAGCUUCGACGGCAUUUCCACAACCCCCAACAACAUCGACGCAGGGGGGCCUUGGAUCCGUCACCCCAAUCACCCCAACUAAGUAUGGCCAAAUUUCCAAGGCGCUUCAUGCGGCCUUCCCGUGCCAACAGGACAUCGAUACGAUUCUAGCGGUGGGUACAGGUGCAUACUUCAUUGUGAAGUACUUCAACGGGCUCGACGGACCGUCCGAUCCGCCGUCCUCCGUCGCAGAGGUUCCUCCCAGUACCAGCCACCCCGCCGUGUUAGCGAAACGGUUGAUGCAGUUGACGAAUUGCAUGCAGAAGAUACCCCCUGAUGAGAAAGAACUGUUAGGUCUUGUAUCAAAGGAGCCACUCCGAGCUCAGAUGAGUAGGUUCGCGAGCUUGGUCUCGGAGCUGGUGGUGUCUAAUGACGAUCUUGUCGGUUCCGUUGAGGGCUUAGAGGUCUUGAAUUUAAUCGCACUAUAUCAUGGCAACGUAGGAAACCUCCGUAAGGGCUGGCUAGCCUUCCGGCGGGCCAACGCCAUAGCCCAGCUCAUGGGCGUAGACCGAUUUCCGGAUGACAAGCCGCUUAGAUCCGUAGAUCCGCAUUCGGACCCGGCAACCCGGACACGAGCCAGUUCUAUAUGGCAGCGCACCAACUUCUCUGAGCGGUAUCUAUCGCUGCUGCUCGGACUCCCAGCCGCCUCGGACGACGACUCGUUCGCGAGCCCUGAGCAAACCGCGAAUGACUCACCCGUCGCGAGGUUCAUGAAGCUACACACCGUUAUCACAGGCCGCAUUAUCAAACGAAAUCUGACCAUCAGCAACGCCAACAGCAACAUCAUAGGUGAUGCAGCCUUUGGCAUGACACAAGCCAUAGACUGCGAGCUCGAGUUCGCCGCCAAAUCAAUGGGUGCAGCUUGGUGGCAGCCGGUUGAGUUACCCCCGGAUAUGUCUACAGUAUCAAUGCGUGCUCUGGUGGAGACGCAUUCACGCGUCAUGGCGCAGAUGAACCACCACCACCUCACCAUCCUGCUGCACCUCCCGUACACCCUCCGGGACCCCAACGAGCGACGCUGGGACUAUAGCAAGACCUCGUGCCAGUCGUCCUCGCGGUCGCUGCUGCACGCGUACCUCGUGUUCCGGCACCUGACGCGCGCCGCCUCCGCGUGCCGCCACAUCGACUACGGCGCCCUAACCGCCGCCAUGACACUACUACUCUGCUAUCUUGACCCCAAGCUACGCGCGCGCGACGCGGCGACGAGCCGCCAGCGGGCCUCCGACCGGGAGCUCGUCGUUGCCGUAAGGGACGUUAUGAACGACAUGGCCGCGCGCGAGGGCGACAAGCUCUCACGCGAGACCUCCGAUAUCGUCACCCGCCUGCUGCCGCUGAUGGACGUCGAUCGGACGACGACGGCGGCUGCGAAUGCCCACGGGGGGAGCUUGGAUUCGCCGGUGCGUCUUGAGAUCCCGUAUCUGGGCACCAUCAACAUCAACCCCGUGGCCCGGCGCUCGCCGCCCCGGCCGAUCCAGCGAGACGCCAGCAGAAGCAGAAGCAGCAGUCGUAUCACCGAAACCUUCACCGGCUACGGUAGCGGUGGAAGCGAAGGGCCCAUCGAGCCAAACCAAGCCCUGCAUAGCUUCCCUGCACUCGGGAACAACAACCAUGGCACGUCCAACGAGAACGUGUACGACCACGCGUCGUCGUCAUCGAUGACGAUGGUGGAGCAGCCGCCAUCGAGCUUCCUGGCCGCGCUCGGGGAAGAUCCCAACUUCUCCUUCAUGCAGCUCGAGCCGGACCUCGCCGCCCCUUACCGGUUCCCGGAGCUGGCGCCGGAUGUGGAUCAGUGGACGUUCCAGGGCUUCGAUGCGAUAUUCUUUGAGAGCUUGUUCUCGUAAGGGUUGUGAGUGGGUAGGUAGGUAUAUCUGAGAGGAACGUACAAGCCAUAAUAAGCUACGCUAGAGCAGCGUAGUCGCGAAUGGCUAGGCAUACAUUAAGAGAGAGACAGAGAGACAGAGAGGUGUGCACGUAUAUGUAUAUGUAUACCUAUAUAGGCUUUAGGAGUAUCACAAAGACACACUCAUGAAACAGAGAC